CGACUAAUGUAAGAGAUAGCCUCAAUUAGAGGGAUCUCUCCUAUAAGGUACUUUCCAAGGCAUAUCCAGGCCUCCCGCCGCCCCCUCUGAAACAGACCAGACCCCUGGAUACGCCUUCGAUACUUUCUCAACUUUAAAGCUUUGUCUAAAAAUCGAGGUUCGACUUUAUUUUGUCAGUCAACUAAAUCUACACAUUUCUUUUAUAAAUAAAUAAAACUUUCGAUUAAACAGUUUAUUAACUGCUUUUUUUAAAUGUUGCUUGCAUAUCUAUAUAUUUUUUAAGGCUUAUUUUAAAUUUUUUUUUUAAAUUUUAGAAAAAAAUGAGUUUAAAAAUAGUUGAGACAUUGGAGAAUUUAAUUAAAACAAUUCCUGAAGUUCAUUCAAUUUUAAUUUUGGAUUCUGAUGGAGUUCCUAUAGUUAGUGCUGGAGAAGAAAUACGAAAUAGAAGUCAAUAUUCUGCUUCAUACAAUACUUUGGUGGAGCAGUCAAGGAAGCUUGGGAUGGGGACACAAAAAUAUUGGAUUUUUCGUUAUGAAAUGAGCCAGGUUGUUCUUCUAAGUAUUGACCAAUUUGCCGUUUUUGUUAUGGCUUCUUCAAAUGCAAAUACUGGAAUUUUGUGUGCUUUACCUACACAAUUAAAAUCUGUAUUGGAUGAAUGUUCACAAAUUGUAAAGGAAGUAGCAAAUGGACAAAUUGCACAAAUUGUUGGACAGAGCCCUCGACAAUCCAAAGCUUAUGGAAGAAUCAAAUUUGCCCGUUAAACGAGAACGUCAAGAAGAGGAUAAUGAACAUGGUGAAGUUUGAAGAAGAAGAGAACCUGCUUUGGCUGUUGAAACGAUUUCUUCUACAACCUCUUCCAAUGGUGCAUUGGCAUUGGCAAGUUUUAUUGGCUUCUGUUCAGGUUUUGGGGUUGGCUCUUUGGGGUUUCUUUG